AUGGCAAGUUUGCGUGUAAAUAAUAAUAUCAAAGGUGAUAGAGAAAAGGGAGUUUUAGAAAAGUUAAUCGAUAUUGAUAAAAGAAUUGCUGUAAUAUUGGCUGGAGAUACCCUGUUCGGUGGAGUUGAUACAAUGAACAUAUUCUUUGGACAUCAACUCCUUUCCAUGAUGGAAAGUCACUUUCCAAGACCCAGUGAGUUUCUACCAGAAAGAUGGCUGGUUGACAAAAACGAUCCUCUAUAUUUUGGACAAGCCCAUCCUUUUGCAUAUACUCCAUUCGGCUUCGGUGCUAGAAGCUGUAUUGGUCGUCGUAUAGCAGACCUGGAGCUGGAAACUUUACUUACGAAAAUGAUAGAAAACUUUCAUGUGGAAUGGUUUGCUCCUCAUCCAAAAUUUAAAUUCAGCACUCUUAAUUACAUGGCACCACCUUAUAAUUUCAUUUUUAAUGAUAUAAAAUAA